GCGCUGUGCGAGGCCGAUGGCCGAGCCAAUGGGGCCGGCUUGUCUUGGCCACCACCUCGCUGGGAUGAGAGGGGCCGAGACGAGCAGCGGCCCCGCCACUGCCAGCAGCAGCUCACAGGAGCCCGCAGACGGACCCAUGAAUCUUCUGCUGCGGCUGGAGGAGGAGGACAACCCUCCAGCACAGCGGGCCGAGGAGCCAAGGCGAGGCAGGAGAGAGGGUGGUUUUAACAGAGCGGGGAGGAAGAGGGUUGUUUCACUCCCCUGGCAGAGCGGCAGCAUGAAGCAGGAGAACCUCCCCGAGGAGAACGGCUUCAGCGAGGCGGUGGCCGCUGGCCAGCACGAUCUCACACCCGGCAGCUGCGGGAAGAAACGCCGCUUGCUUCAGCGCCUGGUCCCGGACAACUUCUGGGAGGACGCAAAGAAGCUGCUGACACUGGCAGGGCCGCUGAUCCUGAUCCAGCUGCUGAUCUUCCUCAUACACCUUGUCAGCUCCAUAUUCUGCGGCCACCUGGGCAAGGUCGAGCUGGCCUCCGUCACGCUGGCCAUUGCUGUUAUAAACGUUACUGCCAUCUCUGUAGGUUAUGGUUUGUCUUCGGCGUGUGACACCUUGAUAUCACAGACCUACGGCAGCAAGAACCUGCUGCGCGUGGGGGUGAUCCUGCAGCGUGCCACACUCAUCCUCCUGCUCUGCUGCUUCCCCUGCUGCGCCAUCCUCAUCAACAUCGAGCAGCUCCUGGUCCUCAUCCGCCAGGACCCCGAGGUCUCCAGGUUAACCCAGCGUUACGUGAUGGCGUUUGUCCCUGCCCUCCCGGCGGUUUUUCUGUACAACUUGGAGACAAGAUACCUGCAGAACCAGAUGAUCAUGUGGCCGCUGGUGCUGAGCGGGGUCGUCGGCAACGUCGUCAACGUGAUCGCAAACUGCAUCUUCCUCUACGUGCUCCACUUGGGCAUCACGGGCUCUGCCUGGGCUAACACCGUUGCUCAGUAUUCACAAGCCAUUUUCUUGUUCCUGUAUAUUAUAGGCAAGAAACUCCACGUGAAGACCUGGGGAGGCUGGUCCAGCGAGUGCCUGCUGGAGUGGGACAGUUUCACCUCCCUGGCCAUCCCCAGCAUGCUCAUGAUGUGCAUCGAGUGGUGGACCUACGAAAUUGGGAGCUUCUUGAUAGGCCUGCUGAGCGUCAUAGAGCUCUCUGCCCAGUCCAUCAUCUACGAGGUGUCCGUUGUCGCUUUCAUGGUAAGGGCUGGGGGUUAUCAUCUCCGACCAGGGCUCCCUAGGGACAGUCCCAGCACAGACACCCAGCAAAAAUCAGCUCCAGCAAAUCUCAGUCUUCCCUCUCUGCACUUACCUCUCUCCCUGCUCCUGCCUGUCCCUCCUAUUGAGAUGUUUUAAACUAAAUUUAAAUCAUACCU